CUGUAAAAUGGACGAUAUAAAGUUGAAUGCUGCGAAGAUCAUUGCAGCCCAGCAGAAACGGAACAGCCGGGCCCGAUCCCCGGAAUCAGAGAGCAACUGGGACAGCUCCGAGCCAGAGGACACCCUGCCCAACGUGAGCUCGGCAGAAGACGAGGUUAUCAGCGCAGCGUCCAGUCGCGGCAGGGGCAGGGAUAAGAUCCACCCUCCACAGGGACCUAAACGGGACAGCAAAGUAUCCAGACCACAGUUCCAGCCCCAUAAACCGGCGUCGUCCAAUCGACUUGCUGUGAACGGAGGCCAGUUGUCCAACAAGUCCUCACCCGUUUCAAGCAUCAGAAGUGGAAAGGUUUCAAAGGCGGGGGUGAAUGUGUUCAUUGACCACGGCACGGGGGAUUCAUCAGACGAUGAUGUCUCAGUCGCCAGCAAGAAGUCAGCGCUGCAAAAGGAAGAACCCCCUCCCUACGAUUUCAGGAAGGCCCUGGAUGAUACAAUAACUCCAACUAAUGAAGAUCGCCAGUCCGAUAGACCUGGGAAGAGCAGAAAGGGUAAAUUGUAUGACCCAACGCCUCCGACUGGCCACACCCCAAGAUCAGACCAAAAGCAACUUACCAUGGACACUCCCGACAGUAGAACCGGACCGAACAAAUGGAAAGUCAAUUUGGGAUUUCAGGAUGACGACGCCCGAAAUCCCGAAACGACGACAGGCAACGACAAUCUCAGGGAGUCCUCGCCGAGAGAUGCCACGUUGACAACCUUGAUGACGACAACAGCGUCUGACGUGCCGCUUCCGAAGACGGAAGGGGGCAUCGUGGGAAGGUUUGGAAAUAAGGACGUGGCAGACCUCGGCAGUUAUAAUGACUCAGUGAUACAGACAUCGCAUUUACUAGUUGAAGAAAACACCCACAGAUAUAUUUACCACUAUCAGCAUGGAGACACGAGAUUCUACGAUACGCGGUCAGGAAGAAAUGAUGUCUACAUGACGGGUAUUGCUGAUAAAUCAGAGAAGCUUGUCAGGCGAGGCGUGCAGGAGGUCUUUGCGGCUCUGCGCAUCUUCGUGGACUUCCUCCUCAUCCUGGUCCUGGAACUUCUCCGUUUCCUCGCUUACAACGUCUUUGGAUUGCUCUUUGUCGGCCUUCUGACGACAUUUGGUGACUAUUUCUUCAAGCCCGUCCUGGCCGCGAUGUUCAACAGCAUUCUUCAACCUCUGGCUGUGUUUUUGUACAAUGUCGGCAUGGCGCUGAAGACGAUUUUCGGACCGUUGAUUGACAUUUUGAGGGCGCUGUUGAUACAGUUUGCAAUGCUCCUGAGAGCUUUCCGAUUGGUGGAAGUAAACUGGAGGGCGGGGCCUCGUGACACAAGAGGCGUGGAGGAUGUUUAACCACGACCACCUAACAUACUUCAAAAUCCAGAAGGAGGUUUUUUAAAGANUUUUGAUGGAUUUAGGAGGUAGAUCUAUAGCCCAGCCACUGUUACUUUACACUUAUCUUUUUGCCUCUUGAAAGGUUGAAGUACAAAGAAUGUGCCAUUGGUUUCCCUCACAGUGGAGGAUUUUGUAGGAUUGAGGAAGGUAAAGCCCAGCUACUGUUACAUUACAACUAUAACAGUACAAUGUACCACUGACAAAAAGCUGAUUACAUGUUUUUUUAAAAGGAGCGGCCACGUUUUUCGUACCCAGAAGAACGUACAGUUUCAAUAAUUUUGUUUCUAACAUAAAAAUGCAAAAUUAUUCCUGAGGCUGAAAUAGAUUUUGUUUUGUCAUGAUGUCAUUGCAAAAUGGACAAUCGUUCUUCCUGUGUGCUUUGUUUUUCUUUACUUUCUAUAUAACCUGAAUGUUUCGUUCUAUUUUUAAAAAUUUCAAAGCGUAACUGUUUGGUUCCAAAUAUAGUAAAGUUUAUGAGCAUUUCUAUAGUAGAAUUUAGAGUUUUGUUGAAAUUUCUCUUAUGUCAUGUGCUAGUUGAACCACUACUGGAAUAGAGAGUUUUCAUGGCUGCCAUCUUGCAGGCCAUUGCUUUUUUACCACAGUGUAUGCACAAAAGGCGGUUUAGGCUUUGCCCUGCAAGAUGGCUGCCACUCUGCAAAGCCUCUAUUGGAAGGUGUGUGUGAAAUAUGAUAUGCCGUACGUACAUGACUCCACCUUGAAAUAAAUGUCAUCUUCAAGUGUGAACUUAUCUGACGUCAGUAUACUAAUUUGAGUUAGCUUUUAGUCUCCUCAUUAAUCUUUCCUUCAUAAUUGGUAUCAUUUGGAUAGUUUAGUGGAAGUUCCAUUGUCCUCAACUUGAUAUAACGCUGAACGAGCCCGAGUAAUAACAGUUUCCACAAAUUGCAUAUUAAUCCAAUGGCAGGCUUACGUUAUGAAAUAUGUAUGAACUAAAAUUAUUGUAUAAAGUGUUGAAUUGUUAUAUGUUUGACAAUUAAAUUUAUAUCUACUGA